GCUUCUAGAUUUAAAUGAACCUGGCCACACUAAUCCUUUUCCUAAUUAAUUUUCCGCAAAGAAAGUCACGUGCUCUUGGUUUCCCAGAUUUUAUUUUGGAUAAUAAAAGAUGAAGCCGCAGACCGAAAAAAAGAACGCCGCCAAGGCCAAAUCGAAGGCCGCAAAGCCGCCGAAGAAAGCACAGGCUAAGGUGUCCACUGCAGAGACCGCAGCUCCUGCGAAGUCUUCUGCCCCCGUGGUUUCUUCGAAGAAAGUAGCCAAGGCUCCCGCCGUGGCUCUGAAGAACCUUGAGUUGGCCAUGAAGGAGACGGCUAAGAAGAACCUUGAAAAAUCAGCCACUUCGGCUAAGAAGGCGGCCGAAUCUUCCGGCAAGAAGUCAGGCGCAACUUCGGAGCCUUCGGUCCCAGUGACCAAUAAGAAGAGACCUGCCCCUUCGGCAAAGAAAGCCGGAGCUCCAGCCCCUAAAAAGGCAUCCCCUGUCGAAAAGCCCAAGAAAGUGCCUCCUCCAAAACCAGAAGAGCAGGAAGUCCUAGCACCCAAACCGGAAGCUGUUCCUGAAGCUACUGGCAAGAAGACUGCUGCCCCGGCCAAACCGAAGCCCAAGCGCCCGAAGAAUGUGCUGCGCGGAAAGAGGUUGCCCAAAAAGAAGGUCUGGCAACGCUUCGUCAUCGACUGCGUCUGCGUGGCCGAGGACUUGAUUCUGGACGUCGCCGACUUCGAGAAGUAUUUGAAGACCCACAUCAAGGUGAAGAACAAGAUCAACCAGCUGAACGACCUGGUGACCUUCGAGCGGGUCAAGAACUCCUCGCUGGUCAUCCACAGUGGUGUGCACUUCUCGAAGAGGUACUUCAAGUACCUGAUCAAGCGCUAUCUCAAGAAGCACAGCCUGCGCGACUGGGUGCGAGUUGUGUCCACCGGCAAGGAGACCUACUCCAUGUGCUACUUCAAGAUCCAGGGACAGGACGACGACGACGAUGAUGAUGAUGACGACGUGGCCGACGCAAAGGCCAAGAAGUAGUCACAAACAUCAACAUUAUAAAAAAUCGAUUCCUCAAAAAUCUUUAAGUAAACUUCUGUUAAUCCUCCAUCUGA